AUGGCUAUGGCCUCGCCCCGUCUGCGCGGAUCCGGUGCUGAGCUGGACAAGAGAUUCGACUGGCGAUGGUGGACAUGGCCAAUGUCAGAUGGAUCCAAAUCUGGGAGUCAAACUUCAGCCUUACAACCCAAUAGCGACAAUGGAAAUUCGGGCUCCUUUUCCUUUUCAUUCGGCGAUGUACAUUCAGACUUUUCUUCCAGUCCAAGCGAAGGUGCCAAACUUCCAUCCGCCUUACCAACCCGAAGCAAUGGCCCAUCAACCAGAGUUACCCCAAAUCCUCCCUCAUCCAAAGGUACCACAGAUGGCGGGGAUAGCCAACAGUGGUUGAAGUUGCACAAUAACUAUAGAGUCCAGUACAAAGCCGUCCCCCUCAAAUGGAACCCCACUCUAGUCGCGGCGUCCAAGCGUGUCACCGAUAAAUGCCUAUGGAAACACACCCCGAACAACCGAUACGGAGAAAACAUAGCCGCCGGCCAAGCCACCAUGGAAGAUGUGGUCAAAGGCUGGGUCGCCGGGCCUGAUGAAAGAGACUCCUUCACCGGCCCCAAUUCUAAGCCAAGUCACUUCACUCAGGUCGUCUGGCAGGCGACGACCGAAGUAGGCUGUUACAAAGGCAUGUGCAAGAGCGUGCGCGGUAUAAACAUUCCCCAAUCCCCGGUCACUUUCUGGGCCUGUACCUAUAACCCUCAAGGGAAUAUCAUUGGCCAAAUCGGCAAAAACGUAAAAGCCGCGCCAGGCGGCCGACCUCUCUGA